ACCAGCGGCGACGAGCAGUAGAAGUGCAACAACACACAAUAAUGAUAAUACCGUCCGGUCGUCCCUUAUAGAAGAUUUUAUAUUAUUCCCCUUUUACACCAUACACAAAAACUAGUUUUCGAUUCCACCCUGUGUAUUUGUGUGCGAGUGUGUGUGCAUGUCGAUGUACAAGAGUACAGUGCACUGCAGUGUUCUUCGACUAUUUACUACGUCUACUAGUCCUCGCCCAAAAUUCCAUUCGGUUUGCAGCUGCCCCCUUCCGCCACUGCCGCCGACCCCCGCCGGCAUCAGAGAUUUUUGGGGCAUUUUUUCUCAUUCCUUUCGUUGCACUAUGCACUAUAGCCGCGCGCGUUGGCCUAGUUUAGUCGAUAGUGUUUACGGUAGUGCUAAAUCGAUUUCGGUCAUCGUCGUCAACUGCACUGACCUUCGACUGGAUACUUUUUGAGGAUAACGUUCACUUUCAUCAGACGUUUUAAUCAAUUUCAUAACUAGAGAUUAAUACUCAUUUGUUGUUGUACCGACGUGGCGGUGCGUCUCGCGCGGCGACGACCUUUUCUGCAGCUCCGAGUUUGCCGCCCUACUCCCAACUUUGGGCAACGGAGGUGGCGGAUGCGAAUGCCAAUCGCCAACGGUCCACGGCUCCUAAUUGGCGGGACAGUGUCAGCCGAAGCCCGUCGCGUGAUGGGCGAUCUACAGCAUUUUUGUCUGCGUUGGAACAAUUACCAGAACAGUAUAACCACAGCGUUCGAGAAUCUCAGGGACGAUGAAGAUUUUAUAGACGUGACGUUAGCGUGUGACGGCAAAAGUUUGAAAGCGCACCGAGUCGUCUUGUCCGCAUGCAGUCCAUACUUCAAAGAACUUUUAAAAAGUACGCCAUGCAAACACCCGGUGAUAGUGUUGCAAGACGUCGUUUUCGACGAUCUCCAAGCCCUCGUGGAGUUCAUCUACCACGGCGAGGUAAACGUACAUCAGAGGAAUCUCAGUUCUUUCCUUAAAACCGCCGAAGUACUUAGGGUCAGUGGCCUCACUCAACCGUCCGAAACGUCAGCAAACGACCAUUCCACGAGACAAUCCUCAGAAACUCCACCGGCUGUGACUGCGCCCGAAAACUCUUUCCUGUCGCCCGUUGCUCAGAACAACACCGAGGGUAGACUGUCCCCACAAGUCAGGCAGAGAAAAGGUAUACCUCAACAAUCUCCGUCGUCCGUACCUUCACCUCGUUCAAAGGAAAAUUCUCCGAUACCCUUAAAGAGGUCAAAAACAGUGUCGUCCGGAGGCUGCAUGGACCUGUCCGAGAGGUCAUCUCAACACAGUCCGAGCUCGACUGGUAGUCGGCAGAAUUGCAACGACGACGAUGAUCCGGACGAACGGUCCGACAGCGGCGGGACGGCCAACGGCAGCAACGGCAACAACAGUAACAACGACGAGCCGCCGAUGGACUUUUCGCGAACGAAUCAGAACACGCCUACGCUUCAACUACAGGACAUGGCACAGAACCUGAUGGUGCCCCGUAAGUCUCCCGAAGUCAAAGCAGAACCGACGGAGCACACGAGUGCGAACAGUAUGUAUGCGGACGACAGCAACGAUUCGGCAGCCGAUUUCACUGGCGUCCAUCCGGCGAUCGGCAUGUCCGAACCCGACGAUACUUCCUAUCAGAGUCACCAUUCGUACCUAGACAGCAAAUUUUUCGCAGCCGCCGGUGCCACGUUCAACUUUAGCAUGGCCGCCGCACUGGCCGCCGACUCAUUAGCAGGUCUAAACAAUCAUAACCACACUAACGCGAUAGAAGCUCUCGGAGGUUCCACUUCUCAAGACUGGUCAGAGGCUGGUGGAGGAGUUGGCGGAGGGAGCGCGGAGACGCUGUCCUGUUUCGUAUGCGGCAAGCGCCUGAGCACCAGGUUGACGUUGAAGCGGCACAUCGAACAGCAACACAACCAGCCUCUCCACUCGGCCGUCUGCAACGUGUGCAACAAAGUAUUCCGCACGCUCAACAGUCUCAACAACCACAAGAGUAUUUAUCACCGGAAGCCAAAGGCGUACAAGGCCUCCUUGGCCGCCACGGCUACCGCCGCCGGUUCGGGCGCACGCGGUGCGGGACAGGCGUCCGUUUCGCCGACCAACGGCGGUGGUGCAGCCAAGAACUUGCCCCCGCUCACCGCGUGGUAUAACAACAAUAACAACAUCAACAACUGACAAACGUCGCGGAGGAACGCCACCAGAAUACGAUAAUUGGCCACCCUGUUCGCACCGGACAACGCAAACCACCCCGUUAGUACCUAUAUCAGUAUUAUACUAUUUUUUAUUUUUAAACAUUUAACUAAUUAUUUAUUUUUAUUAUAACAUAUUAUGAUGACGACGUGUAACGCUAAUUUAGAGAAGUAUAUUACAUUUGUUAUACGUCCGUAGUGACUGUAAAAGUGCAAUAAUAUAUAUAAAUAUAUAUAUAUAUAUAUUUUUUUUUUUUUGAAAAAAAAAAGAGAACUAAAUCAAAUGUAUUUUAUUGAAGUACUUAGUAAUAUCUUGUAGUGGUUAAGUUUUAAGCCAGUAGUGUUGAGACUUUUGAAACUGUAAAAAAAAUACUAUCUCACUAUAAUUAUAUUCAAUGUUUUUUUUUUUCUUAUAUCGAUUUGUGUACUUGUCAUAGUAGGAGUCGUAACAGUACAUAUUCUAAUAUAUAUUAUUGGAUAACUUAGACUGAGGCCGUUGUGUCUGUGCAUGUAACAAGUUAGCACUCUCAUUUUUAGUACUUGCCGAGUUAUGAUGAAUGUAACCGCAGUGAAAUAGAGUGUCUGUUUCAGUUAUAAUUUUUGUAUUGUUAUAACUUUUAGCGACAAGUUAAAUGUAUUUACCGACUUUGUUGUUUUUUAAUUGUAAUUUUUUUUUAUUAUUUUAAUCAAAUACAUACCGUAAAUAUGUACAUAGUAUAUAAGUUUUAUGUACAAUACAUAGUAAGCAGGUAGUGCUGCAAAAAUCGAACGUGUCGCGUAUAAUAUUAUUUUUUGUAUUGAAAUUACUACGAUAAUAAAAAAUGAUAUGCAUAAAACGA